AUGCUUUGGAUGAUUCGCUUGCUCGCCGUGGCCAACCUGGCCCUGGCCCUGCCAAAGGCACUUUUACAUCCAGCUCGGGAUCACGGUGGACUUGCAGCGAGACAAGCCAGCCCAAGCAGAACUCCAUCACCGAAUGUUGUAACUCACUGGUCCACCAAAGUUGUCAAGUCCACUUAUACCAUAACCCCUACGUCUACUCCUAUUCCUACUUCCGCUGUCGCCUCUACUCCUCACUCAAGCAUCCCACCGCCGGCCAACCCUGCUGUGCACUAUAUCACUGUCACUGUGACUGACCCUGUCUAUCAAACCAUCACCGUAGUCGCGGGUCAAGCAGUCGAAACUAUCUAUGAAACGGUGACUACGCGAGUGGCCGCGGAAACAUACCAUAUCGUGGUGAUGUACAUCACGAGUAUCAAGACAGUGGUCUUGCCAACAGCAACACGGACAAUAUUCGGCACAGGGGCAUCAAGUGUACUGACUCCCGCUAAAAGAUUUGCCCAGCGAUGGACUCGGACCUUGCCACCUUUUACAAAAGUCCCUCCAAUAACACAACCUUCUUCGAUUGUUACCUCUCAAGCGCACAUACCAAUCAUUCCUACCCAUUCUCCAAUUUACGAUACUGAUACUAAUACGACACCAACUACUGCUCCACCGACGACGCGGCAUUAUUCCACAACGACUAAAACGGCUACACCUCCAGUAAUAUCGACAGUUUACACAACAGUGAGACCAACCAUUGUGCAGACAGUGAGGCAGGCAAACUCAUCGACAAUCUCUUCAAUAGUUACUGUAACUGUGACCGAAACCACAGGAACGACCACGGUUAGGUCUACAUCUCCUAUUGCCGUUACACUGACCGAUUACGCCGUGGUAGGGAUUUAUCCUACUGGAGGUUACCCAGUCACCAGCAUUGUCUCUUCUCCUGUGAACAAGUUACGGUAUUUCUGA